UUCAUGACGUCGGUGAGCGAAGAGGUCGCGCGCUGCCGCCUCCGCCUGUGUUGUGUUUUGUUUCUUGCUAGCAAAAAAUUAAUUUUAUUUCACUGUUUUAUUUUAAUAGUUUUGUGAUAAAUAAAAAUGGAGUACGAACCAGAUGAUCCAUUAAUGGAACACCUUAUCUCGAAACCUUUAGAUUUCGAACGACUGCAAGAGGAAAUCAAGGAGAACCGUCGUCGGCUGCCGCCGCUGGGGCCGGGCUGGCUGGUGCUGGGCUGCGUGCUGGCCGCGGCCGCGCCGCUGCUGCUGCAGAUGCACCACGACCGCCUGCCCACACCCCUCACCCGUGGGGAUGCGCCGCCCACCAGAUUCUGCGCUGAGAUAGCCAAGGAACACCUUCACAACCUCACUGCUAUUGGACCAAGGGUGGCGGGUUCAUACGAGAACGAGGUGCUGGCGGUGACCACGCUGGUGGCCACGCUGCGGCGCCUGCGCGCGGGCGCGGCGCCGCACCACCGCCUCGACAUCGACGUGCAGCGCGCCUCCGGGAACUUCUCCAUCGACUUCCUUGACGGCAUGAACAACGUGUACCGCUCGGUGCAGUCCGUGGUGGCGCGCGUGUCGGCGGCCGGCGCGCCCCCCGCCCCCGCGCCCGCCCCCCGCGAGGCGCUGCUGCUCAACUGCCACUACGACACCGUGCCCGACAGCCCGGGCGCGAGCGACGACGCGGCGGGCUGCGCCGUGCUGCUGGAGGUGCUGCGCGCGCUGCUGGCCCGCCGCUCCCCGCUGCGCCGCGCCGCCGUGUUCCUGUUCAACGGCGCCGAGGAGAACAUCAUGCAGGCCUCGCACGCCUUCAUCACCCAGCACAAAUGGGCGCGCGAGGUGCGUGCGUUCAUCAACAUCGAGGCGUGCGGCGCGGGCGGCCGCGAGGUGCUGUUCCAGGCCGGCCCACACGACCCCUGGAUCAUGGAGGUGUACGGCGCGGUGGUGCCGCACCCGUACGCGUCGUCGGUGGCGCAGGAGCUGUUCGAGGCGCGCCUCGUGCCCGGCGACACCGACUUCCGCAUCUUCCGCGACUUCGGGAACCUCUCCGGCGUGGACCUGGCGUGGUCGUCGAACGGCUACGUGUACCACACGGCGCUGGACGCGGCGGCGCGCGUACCCGCGGGCUCGCUGCAGCGCACCGGCGACAACGUGCUCGCGCUGGCCCUGGGCAUGCUGAACCACGAGGCGAUGUCUUUACCUACGGCGCGGGUGGGCCCGGGCGUGUUCUUCGACGUGGCGGGGCUGCGCGUGCUGCAGCUGGCGCCCGCCGCCGCCGCCGCCGCCGCGGUCGCGCUGCUGCUGCUCGCGGGGGUCAGGGUCCACUUCACCGCGCGCGAUGCGCAUAGACAGUUGUUCAUCCGCCGCAGCGAGUGGUGGUGGAUAGCAGCGCGGGCGGCGGCGCGGCAGGCGGCGGGCGCGGGCGCGGGGCUGGCCGCCGCCGCCGCCACCGGGCUCACGCUUCACGUGUUUGACGCACGCCUCGCCUGGUACAACACGCCGGUGCUGGUGGGCCCGCUGUUCGCGCUGCCGGCGGUGCUGGGCGCCUGGCACGUGGCGCUGGGCGGCGCGGGCGGGCGGCUGGCGGCGGCGCGCGGCUGGGCGGCGCGUGCGGCGGGCGAUGCGCUGGCGCUGCAAUCCGCUGCCGCGCUGGCCGCGUGCCUGCUGCUGCGCAUGCGCGCCGGCUUCCUGCCCGCCGCCGCCGUCGCCGCCGCCGCCACCGACAUACUGCCCAGCAUCUGGAGGUUCAAAGACGGCGCGCGCUGGGCGGUGCACUUCUUGGCGUGGCUGCUGCCGGCGCUGCUGGCGGUGGACCUGGCGCUGGGCUCGCUGCAGAUGUUCAUCCCCGUGCUGGGCCGCGCGGGGGACGCCGCGCCCGCAGACGUGGUGGUGGCGCUGGCGUCGGGCGCGCUGGCGCAGGGCGUGUGCGCCUCGCUGCAGCCGCUCGUGCUGCUCACGAGGAACCCGCAGCCGCUCAUGCGGGGCCUGUGGGCGCUGAGCGCGGUGUCGCUGCUGCUGGUGCUGAGCACGUCGCUGGGCAUGCCGUACUCGCCGCAGCGGCCGCAGCGGCUCAUGCUGUUCCACACGCGGGUCACGGAGCACGGCCGCGCCGCCGACACCGACCACUUGUACUGGCUGCCGGCCACUGAUGCUAAUACGUACACGUACCUGCAGAAGUACUCUAGGCUCAGAGUCCGUGAGCUGCGCGAGCUGGUGCCCAUGUCAGAAGAAGAGUGCUCGGCGCGGCUGUACUGCGGCGCGCCGUACUACCUGCCCGUGCGCGGGCUGCUGCCGCGCGCGCUGUGGCUGCCCGCGCCCGAGCCCCCCGCCGCGCGCCUCGCCGCCGCGCCGCGCCUCGCCCGCCGCCGCCGCGCCGCCACGCUCGCGCUCACGGUAGAUGGGCCGGCGCACGUGGUGGCGGUGGUGUCGCCGGCGGCGGGCGUGCGGGCCUCCCGCUGCUCGCUGCUCGCCGCCCCCCCGCGCCCCGCCGCGCGCUGGGGGCAGCGACACACAUACUUCUUCAUGCUGUUUGAUGCUGCCCUCGGACACAACGGCACCGCGCACUGGGACUUCACCAUAGAUCUCGAGAUGGAGCCGUGGCUGCAGGAGGAGCCGGAGUCGUGGGUGUCGCUGUCGCUGGCGGGGCACGCGCUGGCGGGGGCGCGGGGCGCGGGGCACGCGGCGCUGCUGCGUGCGCUGCCCGAGUGGACGCAGCCCACCGGCUGGCCCGUCGACCUGCAUCUGUACGAGCUCUAGCGCCUCCCGCCAUGACGUGACACUAACGGCAUCUAGUGGCGUCGCUGCGUCGUGAGUACAGCGGCUCACUAGCGACAUCUAGCGAGUGGCGUCGUGAGUACAGCGGCUCACUAGCGACAUCUAGCGAGUGGCGUCGUGAGUUGAGCGGCUCACUAGCGACAUCUAACGAGUGGCGUCGCUGCGUUGCGAGUAAAGCAGCACGAACUAGUGACAUCUAGCGAAUGACGUCACAGGGUCGUGAGUGCGGCGGCUGACUAGCGACAUCUAGUGACACUGCUGUGGCAUAACAAAGUGCAAGUUAUAAGAGAUUGUAACAGCUCACUUUAGCGCCACAAAUAAGUAAUUUUAUUUGGUGCUCAUGUUGAAUGCAAUUGGGAUAAUUAUAAAUUUUAAUUGUGUAUUUAUUCACGACGUAAUUCUACAAACAUGACUUUAUUGUUUUUUUUUAUUUAUUUGCUUAGUGAGCAAUGCAAUGCUAGAGAAUAUUCGAUAGGUAGCUAAUUUUACUGGAUAAUAAUAUUUUAAUAAUAUGCUUUAUCAUUCCAAUGGUAGAGAGGCCUUUUUAAUUAUCAAUUAAUUUGAUGGAUGAUGGUAGUACAAAAGGUACCUACGUAUUAUUUAUUCAGAAGACAAUUUAUGAAAUUUAAUGAAUAUUAAAAUAUUUUAUUGCCACUGUAAUAUUUCAGCUUUGCUGUCAGAUUGAAAUAAUUGAUAAUUAAUAAUUAAUAUAUUGUUUGUUUUAGAAUUUAUCGUGCCUCGAUUGAGAUUAAGACAUUAUUUAAAUUUUAAUUAAUUAUCGAUGUUGAUUCUCUAGGCUCACAUUCUAAUUUUAAAUUUUGUGCCUUCAGAAUCAACAUCUUUGCUAAAAUAUUGUGCUUAGUCAGCUUAGCUAGCCAUCUGGGGCUGCAGAUUAUUGAUGAUCGGGUGAGAUUAGCCAUAGUAGGAACCGUAGAACAAUCAUGGGCAAGGAAUGCCGUCCCAACUGGCUGGCUGAAGUAAACGAGCUAUACUAAUGCUACUAUUCACACGCACACAUAUCAGUAAGACGUAGUACAAUAUUUAAAUAAGUGUACUUAAAGGUUAAUAAGUCCGGUCGCUAUAAGCGCAGCAAAAAAUAAAAUAGAAAUAUUCUAUUCUUGUUUUUUUCUGUGCUGAAUGGAGACCGGCCUUUAGUUAGAAAUAAUAAGAAUUUCUUAGGGAAAAAAUUAAGUUUUAAACUUGAAUUAACUUAUAAUAAAUAUGGCAUUAAGUAAAGUGUCAAAUAUUUGUAUUGUGUUACGUUAUAAAUUUUAUUGUAUUGUGAAAGUUCAACCUCCAUGUACCAAAUGAUGUUUUAUGACAAAAUAUUGAUAAAUGUACGAGUCUGUUUGAGAGUGAGGUGUGGGUAUAUCAAAAAACUAGUUGGCAAAAGUAAAGCACAGUCGCUAAGCCCAGGUCAAAACGGUCAUAGCCGGUCGGUAAGCAAUGACCGUUUUUCCCUGUGCUUAGCGACCGUGCUCUAGUAGGUAAGUACCUAGUUAUCUGGGAUAACCUCGCGAGAGAGAUAUGGGCGGGCGGGGUGCCUGGCGGCCAUGCAGGCAGUCAACUCUUCCUCCACUUCUCUCAACUCUGCCAAGUGGUUUGUCAGAUAAAGUUAAUCUUAGACCCAAAAAUAAAGUUAUUUAUUACCGUGUAUAUUUCGAGCAUACCUACAUUGUUUUAUUUUCUUGCCGGAAUAUUUGUAAGAAGAUUUGUUUAGUUUUGUUUUGCCUGAGGCAACCUUUUUAUUAGUUAGUGUUAUUUUUUAUGUUGACGGCGACAACACCAAUGAAUGAAUAAUUGUGAUCUAAAUAAGCAAUAAUUAAUAACUAUGUAGCUAGUUAUAAUCAAUAGAUAGAGAUAGUUGACCAUUUAAAUUUCAAAUAUUAUUAAGUAUCUAAUGUUUCAUUUGACUGUGUAUUCACUGGUGAGCGAAAAUUAUACAUAGGUAAGUGAUAAUGAUUAUGUACUUUGAUGCAAUGCAAAGGAUGUCGUAUUCAGAAUGUUGUGCUUUUUGUUAAUACAAUAAAACGUUAGUUGUUAAA